AUGGAGUCUUCUGACAUCGAUUCCGAGUCCUUGCAGGCUGUCAGCAGUCUCAAGUCCAAGUUCGAAAAAUUGGCGUUGGAUACGACCAGUAGCACAUACAAGCAAGGAGAACUUCUGGCGGUGAGCACGCCUCCAAGCCCACGUCCUCGAGCGGCCUCAGGUUCGCAUACAAAUACACCAGCCGAGGCGAUCAGUCUACGAAGUUCUUCGUCCUCAUCGGAUCUGAGGUCUCCAUUGAAGAGACCACCUCCUCCGCCGCCGCCUUCGCGCAACUCCAAGUUGAAUGUUCCAACCACCACCGCUUCGCCCUCGACGUCUAUCUCACCGCUCUUGCGGCCUGUUCCCUUACCACCAGUCAGUAAUUCCGCGGGAAAGGAGUCAGCGCUCGCACCAAGUAUAGCAUCCCUGAAAGCCAGACUUGUACCUACCCCACCAGGAUCACCAUCUCGGACACACAGCCCUCGACAAAGUCUUACCGCGUAUCCUGCCCUUCAAGUGGAGUCUAAACCUACGUUACCCCCGCGACCACCAAGCUAUCUUCCACCUUCCCGCAAUACAGCAAGUCCAGAAGGUCUUCCAUCCUCAAGUUCUGUUCACAGCCCUUUUUCUGACGACGAAGGACAAAACGCCGAACCGAGCACGUCUAAAUUUGCACCUCCUCCCAUUCGCCAGCGGCAGCCUCAUGUCAAUGUAAAUGCUAAUCCCAAUGGAAAUGGUCAUGGAAACGGAAAUAGCAUUGAAAGCGGCUCCAUUCGGCAACUUGGGGCGCACUUCAAUGACUCCAGUCAGUCUUCUUACGAUAGUGACGCCAGUCAGGCGCCACCGCCGCAAAGGCUAUCUCGAAUAACGGCCGUCCCUCCUCCCCGACCACCACCACGCAGUCGACCAUCUGUAUCACCAAACCACGGAGAACGUAGUGCGAUUGCUUCUUCAGUGCCCACUACAACUGUUAAUCCCCCGCCUCCACUCCCCAUCCGCCGAAGCACAAUCAUGACACAAGAUCAUCCUGCGGCAGGGUCCUCCAACCCACCGCCUUUGCCCACUCGUUCUCAGAUAUCACCUGCCAAUGUUAUAGAGAUACCAACGAAUGAACGAAAAGUCUUUGGUUCAAGCAAGCUUCCACCACCACCAACUCGAACUAUUGCAUUGGGUGAUAAACUUCCGCCUGCUCGUCGGUCGUCUACGCCUUCCUCUGAUGAGGAGUCCGGGGAAGAAGACGAGCCGAAAACACAAGCUAUCGAUUUAAUGCCAGAUACCAGUACAUCUUCACGGCGGCCACCUACUUUAGGAUUUAGAGACGGAUACCCUGAACCUCGCGUCCAUGUCAACCCUCAUAGCGGAUCUGUUGCUCUGUCCGGAUCCCAGGUUGUCGUGGCCCAUGGACAUCAUAUCAAAAUAUACGACCUUGCAAUCUCUCCGGAGCCUACUUUCAAUUUGGAUACCAAAUCGCUUGGAGUGAAGGAUACAAAAGUGACAUGUAUGGAGUUUCGUCCUACUGCGUCGAAGGUCGACCGAGGAUACCUUGUUUGGAUUGGAACGAAGGAAGGACAUAUUUUCGAGCUGGACAUCCGUACAGGACAUGCAUGUGGGUCCAAGUACGCCGCACACAUGCACCCCAUCACGCAUAUGUUUCGUCACGCGCGGUCAAUGAUCACCCUGGAUGAGUCAGGGAAGGCGCUCGUCUUCUCACCAGACCCGGACAACCAGGAGGACAUCACUCUGCACGCGACGGUGCCACGGGUGAUCAGGACGACGGAGAAGCAAGACUUUGUCAAGUUUUUGGAUGGAAAAUUGUGGACAGCGGCGCGGGUUGAGCAUCAUGGGACAGCGCCGACACAAAGGCUGCCGAUCAUCCGCGUCUACGACGUGUUCAACCCGGCAAGUACAGGCAGAUCUCUCAUGCCCAGCGAACAUGUUGGGCCUGUGACGUCUGCGACGAUUAUACCGAACCAGCCGCGGAUGGUGUAUGUGGGGCAUGAGGAGGGAUUUAUAUCCAUGUGGGAGCUGGACACGGAGGAUGGGUUCCCGAAGUGUGUGGAGGUGAUGAAGGUAUCGUCGUCGGAUGUUUUGAGCUUGGAGGGCGUGAAUAAUCGGUUGUGGGCGGGGAGUCGGAACGGAAUGAUUUCUGCGUAUGACGUGUCGCAGAAACCUUGGCUGGUGACGAAUUGUUGGAAUGCGCACCCUGGAUUGCCAGUGGUAAAGCUGUUGAUGAACCAUUACGCUGUUAUGAGCGUUGGAAGAUUGUGUGUUGCGAGCAUUGGAAGAGAUGAGCAAUUGAGGCUUUGGGACGGUCUGCUGGGUUUGGACUGGAUUGACAAGGAAUUGGUUAAAGUGGAAACAACCUUCAGCACUUUCCGCGAUCUGACAGUGCUCGUGUGUUCAUGGAACUGCGAUUCCGCUCGUCCAGACUCGCUGAAUGGCAUUGAUGCCAACUUCUCGUUCUUGCACGACGUCCUUCAUAGCGUCAAUAGUCCUCCUGAUGUCAUUGCCUUUGGGUUCCAAGAGGUCAUCGAUCUCGAGAGCCGGAAGAUGGUCGCCAAGAAUGUGUUAUUGGGAGGAAAAAAGAAGCCUGAAGAUGGAGGGCUCUCGGAGAAAGUCACAGGUGCAUAUAAGAGGUGGUAUGAUCGCUUGAUUUUGGCGGUCAAGGCUGCGAUGCCCAGUGACCUUACAUAUUGUGUUGUCCAUACGGAGAGUUUGGUUGGCCUGUUUUCCUGCAUUUUCGUGAAGAGUUCAGAGAGGUCUACAUUCGAUGAUGUGGCAGUCACAACCAUUAAACGUGGCAUGGGCGGGCGGUAUGGCAACAAGGGAGGCAUUGUUGCUCGGUUUGUAGUUGGCGAUUCCUCAAUAUGUUUUAUUAACUGUCAUCUUGCUGCUGGCCAAAGUGCAGUACGAAGACGAAAUGCAGAUAUUGCCGGAAUGCUAGAGGAGAAGGCGGUCUUUCCGCCUGCUGACCAUAGUUUAGCGUAUGUGGGUGGAGGAGAUGGAUCUAUGGUUCUAGAUCACGAAUUCGUCAUCUUGAAUGGGGAUUUGAACUAUCGAAUCGACCAUCGUAGAGAUGCCAUCAUCUCAUCCAUCCAUGCAGGCGAUCUCGCCAGUCUAUUAUCUCAUGAUCAGCUGCUUCGGGAGAUCAAGUUCAAUCGUGGGUGUAGGCUGCGCGGGUUUGCUGAGGGCCCUCUUACGUUCAACCCGACCUACAAGUACGAUCCGUACUCAAACGAGUAUGAUACUUCGGAAAAGCAUCGGUCACCUGCAUGGUGUGACCGUAUCUUAUGGAAAACACGGGUUAUGAGCCGAGUGCGCCAGCUGCAUUACCGCCGGUACGAGGCCAAUGUGUCGGACCAUCGACCUAUAUCUGCGGCCUUUUCGAUUACAGCCAAGACAUACGACAGGGAGACACGAGAGAAGACCAAGGCGGCUCUUGAGGCGGAGUGGGCCAACGAACAAAAACGGCUGUUGGCAGCUGUGACAUCGUUUUAUGUGAAACAGGCGCUCAUCUGA